AGUCGCCCUCUCUCCCUCCCUCCCUAUUUUCCUUCGGCUUCUGGCUUCAAAAAACCCUAGCCUCCACAGGAGUCCAGGACCGCUCUCGUCUUUCUCGUCUCUCUCUCUCUCCCUGCGAGUCUCGAUCUCACCCUGCGACAGUCCCCCGAUCUCACCCUGACCCAGUCUCCCUGAUCCUGAUCCAGUCCCCCCCCGACUCUCGUCUCUCUCUCACCGAGUCGCCGCGCGACCUCACCCUGACCCAGUAACCACCCCCGCAGGCAGCGGUCAACACGUCUAGCAGAUGCUUAAUAUUGAGUGCUUGAUCCACCCUGGGGAAUAAAGCCUUGGUUUGUCGCAUGAAUGUGGCUGCUCUCAAUGAUUGUUCCUGUUCAUAUUCUUUCUUCUCCAUGGGCUUUGACUUUGUACCAUGAUUGAUUGGAGAGCUGGAUUUGAAGUAUGGCGAGGACUACCAACUUAGAUCACGAUGAUCUAAUUACAAAAGAAGCUCCUCAGUUAACUGCAGUCUUGAAAGAAAUGAAGGAAGGGUUAGAUUCUGUAAGGAGUAAAGUUGAAGCUUUAACCACUAAGGUGAAAUCAAAUCAGUUUCCAACAGCAGAUGGGAUUAGCUAUCUUGAAGCCAAAAAUUUGCUUCUCCUAAACUAUUGCCAGUCAUUGGUCUAUUAUCUGCUUCGCAAAGCAAAGGGAUUCUCGAUUGAGGGCCAUCCUCUUGUUCGGAGCCUAGUAGAGACAAGGUUGUUUUUGGAAAAGAUUCGACCGAUUGACAAGAAGCUCCAGUACCAAGUCCAGAAGCUAACAAGGGUUGCCACAGGUACAGCAGAAGCUGUUGGUCCGAGGGAAGAGUUGGAUGCUCCUCAGAAGGCAGAGGAUCUUUUGAAAUAUCGUCCGAACCCUGACAUGCUUGUUCCCAAAUCAGAUAUGACUUCCGAGGAAGGUGGUGGUGUGUAUCGACCCCCCAAGUUUGCCCCUACUUCUAUGGAGGAAGGUAAGAUCUCAAGGCAUGAAAGGAACGCCUCGAGAAUGGAGAAACAGAUCCUACGGCAAUCUAGGCAGAGUGAUUUUGUGCGUGGGCUGAUGAAUGACUUGGAGGGGAGACCUGAAGAGGUCAGAGAAAUUGUUGGACAUGAAAGUAGAGAGCUUGCUAGAUAUAUGGCAAAAAUGGAGAGGCGUGCACAGGAAGAAGAAGAGCUUUUCACUCGUGCUCCUAUGACAAAGAUGGAGAAAAAGAAGGAGAAGCAUCUAAAGAAAUCAAGAAAUGGGUUGCUUGGACUGACAGACGGUUUCUAUGAUGAAAUCAAAACCUUACCACUAGAGGAUGAUGGCAGUGAGCAAGUGACAAGCUUUGAUAAUGGUAGCAAUAGAAUGCAAAAAUUUAAGAAGCACAAGAGGCGGCACUGAGCAACAACAAAAUUGGAUCUUUGGAUCUGCUGAGCAACUGGGAUUUAAGGCCGCAUAGCAGUUCUGUACCGUUUAAGUGGUAAUUUAAUAUUUAAAUGGAUGCGUGUGGUGCAAUUUUGUUUACAAUGUGAUGUAAUUCCUGUCAAGGCAACUACCAAAGAAUAUUGUAGAGAAAAAACCUCCCCAAUUUUCCAGACGAGUUUAAUUUGGCCUCUUUUGUUUUCGUAGAUGAGAUAAUAUAAGUUGAGAUAAAAGUUAAAAGUUGUUAGAAUAUAUAUUUUUAAUAUUA